AUGGUUUUUUCUGUCAACCACGCGACGAUGACGACGAACACCGCGGCGAAGAACACUUCGAAUAAUAGUGGUCGCGGGAAGGCGAACAACAGAAUGAGGAGAAUUCAGUCCUCGCGCGAGGCGACGACGUCGUCUUCUUUCCCAUCUUCUUCUUUCAUUCAUUCGAGAGGAAGACGAAGAAUGGUGUCGUCAUCAUUCAUUCCUCGAGGCGCCGCAACGAUGAGGAUUGGAGAAGGAAGCGAAAGAGAAAAGAGCAAAAGAAGAAGAGGGAUGGAUGUUGCCGCGACGGCGACGAGUAACGAGACAAACGCGAGUAGUAAUAAUAAUAACGGUGGAUACGCCUGGCGUGGGGACCCGAUCCCGACGAAAUCUUUACCUCUUUUACCGAACGGGAAAGUCGAUUACUCCUCCAUCGACAAAUCGCCGAUAUCGAAAGUUUUAACGUCCACCAUACGGAAACUUCUCGUCCAAGAGGUUGGCAAAGAUACCGACCCGAGAGACCACGCGAAUUUUGAAGCGUUGAUGACGUCGGUGAGAGAAGUGAACGAUAUGAAAGGGACCGCGAAAGACGUGCAAACGAGAGCGAAGAGGGUGUUUAAAGGGAUAUUGCCGGCGUUGUACAUCGGGUGGAUUCCGCCGCUGUGGAAGAAGUUUGUCGAUCCAAACGCGCCGAAAUGGGUGACGGGGUUUAGUUUCCAUUUAGUUUUUAUCGUUUUGUUCCCGUGGUUAAUGGGGCCGAUGGAAGGGGCGGAACACGAGGACGUAAAAGUUCCGGAGAAGUUGAGGAAGACGUUUCCGUUUUUACCGGAAGUGGUGAGCGUGCCGCAAGCGAUCAAGGCGGAACGGUGUCGAUUUUUGGAAACGAGUUCGUGCGCGUCUGUGUGCGUGAAUUCGUGUAAAGUUCCCAGUCAAGAGUGGUUGAGAGAAGACUUUGGGAUGAAUUUACACAUUCAACCGAAUUACGACGAUUUCUCGUGCGUGUGGAGCUUCAACAAAGCGCCGCCGCCGUUGGAGGAGGACGCGGCGAUUUUAGUGCCGUGCUUUUCCAAUUGCAACAGCGAGUUCAAAGGCGAAAAGGACGCGUUGAAACAAGUCAUGCGGAUGAAACGAGGCGUCGGCGUGACUGAAGAUGGCGAAAAGGAUAAGUACACCGGAGAAACGUUAGAGUCCAUCGCGAGAAGAGCGUCGGAACAGGCCAUCGCGGAAGCGAACGAAUCGUUCGCCGACGGGACCGCUUUCUCCCAAGAUACGUUUAAAGAAAGAGUGGUAAAAGUGCAAGAAGGUGGUAAAUGCUGGAGCGUGGAUGCGGAAAGAGCGAAUUUGCGUUAA